GCUGUACAACAUUUCCGGAUCUUCAGUGCAGCAACCCGAGCUCCGACUCAUCGUAUCACACUACACUUGCAAAGAUUAUGCAAGAGCUUGGACGGCUAUUUCCAACUUACAGGUUCAUGUGAGAGUAGUGCUCGAUCCGUGUGGUGAAUUCAUUGCCUGUACACCGACGCUUCGACGCAUUUCCUAUCUUGACGGUUUUUCACCUCGAUUCAUGACGCUCGGCAGCACGCAUCAUGGACUAUCCGAGACCUUUAUGUCCCGUCGGCUUGUGGGACUUCUUGGGCGGAGAGAGAGAACAUAUGCAGGGAGGCGAGGGGAAUGAAGAGCAAGUGAGCUUUGACACGCUGGCAACAGAAACUUGUAUUCAUGGUCCGUGGAGUUGAUCUGACGAAGUAUUUAUUUAGAAGCCAAGUAUGUGUAAGAAUAGCACACUUUCUUCGAUCCAAAAUCCUAUCUCAAUCCUCAAACCCCUCUCUUGAAACUCACUACAUUUUCUACAUAAGCGACUGUUGUCCUCAGAAGUCUGUCUGCAUUCACACACUUCAACAUUGCAGAGCUUCCAAAACAGUCCUUUGUUGAUGAUUCGAGGCUGUCGAGAUCACCCAGAUCCGGCACAAACACAUCACUUCCUCUUCAAUUGAUGUUUGGGCAUCGCGAUCAAUAAAUCACUUCCUCGAAAACAAAAUCCACCAACGUCUUGCACAAACCCGAAAUCAAACAUUACCUCUCCACCUCUCAAGAGAGCAAACAAUCAUGACAGGCUUCUACCAACCCCUUCUCUCCCCCUCAACAUCCAUAACCUCACCCCAACCAAACUCCCACUACACCACAUCAUCACCACCACCACCCCCAACCCCAACCGCGAUCCCCGCCUUCGUCUACCGCGUCCACCGCGCACGCGCACAAACAGCAUUCAGCUGGCCAAAAGGCUUCAGCUCCAAAAACCAAACGACCAUCCUGCACCAAACCUCUGACCUCUCCAAAUUCGGCAUCGCCCAUCUCCACCACCAAACCAACAUUUCCUCGCCCUUCAUCUCCGUCUACGACUCCGCGAGCCAUGCCGAGGCCGUUGCGGCGUUCUUUACGGCAAAGUAUAGGGAGGAUUGCUGGGUUGUUAAGAUCGAUACUAGACAUUUUGCGCGGGGGCCUGUGUUUCGGGCGGUGGAUUUGCUUGCGGGGAUGAGGGUUGGGAGGGAGGCGGCGAGCGGGAGGGAGGCGGCGAGCGAGAGGGAGGCGGAGUGGUUGCAUAGUGGGGAGUAUCUGGUUACGUAUAAGAUCCCGCCUGAGGCGAUUGUUGGGGAGACGAUUUUUAGGAGGGGCGGAGAGAAGUGGGAUUCUCCUGGGGUUAUUGGGGGCGGGGUUGCGAAGAGGUGAAGUUUUUUGGGGGGCUGGUAUGGGGGAUGGUAACGCUUCUUUUAUUCAAUUUCUUAUUUCUUAUCAUUUGUUUCUUUCUUCCUUUCGAGUUUUGCGACGGUCAUUUCUGUCUUGCUAGUUUCCGCGUUCUCGGUUCGUUUCACUUCACUCUACCGCCACUCCUUCUCAGCAUGUCCAUCGGUAUUUCAAGCAGUCGUCAUUACAUUACUAUAAAAACACAUCUG